GUGCUCUCGCGCUGUCGUCCUGCCGGAAGGAGCCCUGUUCAGGCAAAAGAAUCUUUAGUUGCUACUAUGGUGAUGCAGAUAUGAGUAUCAGGACGACUCCUGGAUGGCUGGCUGCAUUAGGGUAUGGCAGGUACUCCGGGUCUCCAGGGUUUGCCGAUGGAGCGGCCCAGGGAGCUGUUUGCAGAUCCAGAAUUUCCUGCAGACGACUCCUCCCUUUUUUCUGAUGGAACUUCGCCCCUGGUUCGCUUCCGGGGUGCGGUGAUGUGGAUGCGACCACAGGAAAUCUGCCAGUCACCCGUACUCAUCCCGGACGAUCCCGAGGAGAGCCAUGCGAAGCAAGGACUUCUGGGAGAUUGCUGGUUCUUGUGUGCUUGUGCCAUUCUGCUGAAGAAUAAGCACCUGAUGGAUAAGGUGUUUCCUCUUGGGCAGCCACUGUGGGGUGAGCAUGGCUAUGAAGGCAGCUUUCACUUCAGAUUUUGGCAGUUUGGCAAAUGGGUAGAUGUCCAGGUGGAUGACCGACUACCUUGCAUAGGCACCCAGCUCUGCUUCUCACGGUGCUACUCUCCCAGUGCAUUCUGGGUAGCAUUAUUGGAGAAGGCCUACGCCAAGCUCAAUGGCUCCUAUGAGCACUUGUGGGCAGGACAAGUAGCUGAGGCCUUGGUGGACCUCACUGGGGGCUUGGCUGAGCGAUGGAGUCUAAGGAAGUCUGGAAAUGAAGAGGAGCGGCAUGGAGAGGUGGAGAAGGGCAGGAGGAGGUUCAACAUAAAACACUUGCAGGCAGUCAAAGGCCUGUGUGCAGUGAGUGGCUCUGUGCACAGCACCCCUGGUGGUGCCAGCGAGCUGGGGCAGUACCAUGCCAUGAGCUUGACUGAGUGGGUGGACGUACGCCCCAAGGAAGAAGAGGAGGUGUGCCUGCUUAGGGUCAGAAAUCCCUGGGGUCGACGCAGCUGGAGAGGCAGUUGGAGAGAGAAUGGGGAGAGGUGGAAGCAGCUGGACCCAGCCUGUGCCCUUGAUUUGCUGGGCCGCACCCAGGAAGGAGAAUUCUGGAUGGAGGAGACAGAGUUUCUUGAGGAGUUUGAUGAGGUGACUGUGGGCUAUCCAAUCAGCAGUCAAGGAUAUGUUCAGAGCAUAUGUACAGGAAGAGAACUGCCACACAGCCAUCAGGUAGGUGGCUGUUGGAUCAAAGGUCACUCCUCAGGCGGAUGCCGCAAUAGCAGCAGUUUUACCAGCAACCCAAAGUUCUGGUUGCAAAUGAGUGAGCCAGGAGAGGUGCUGGUGUCCCUGCUACAGCAUCGCUCGUGGAGAAACACUGCACACUCACAAGGACCUGGCAGCUCUUAUCGUCCCUUGGGGAACAGCACAGAACAUGACUUCCAAUACCAGGCCAUUGGACUUCACAUCUGGAAGGUUAAGAAGGAGUCUUCUGACCUGGCUCGAACCUUGAACAGGCCUCCCACUGUGUCCACACACUGUCAUGCCUAUGAGCGUGAGGUGGUUGUGCAGGCUCAGCUCAGUGCUGGUUUCUACCUUGUUAUCCCCAGCACCUAUUUCCAGGGGGUGGAAGCGAGCUUCUUGCUGCGGGUAUUCUCCUCUGCCCCACUGACUCUGAGUGCUAUGAAAACUCCACCACCCCCAGCCCUAGCAUCUCAAGAUGGAGAGUGGGAAACACACUGCUCUCAGGGCUCCUGGGUCCUGGGGGCUUCUGCAGGGGGCAGUAGAAACUUUGCUUCACACAGGAUGAACCCGCAUGUUCCCCUCACAGUGAGCCUGAGAUGUAGUGAGCCCAAUGUGAAGAUCAGCCUUUGCCAGCACUGCCCCCCCAAGGCAUUCCUUCCCAUUGGGUUCCAUGUCUACAAGGUUCCAGAGGGAUUAGCAGAGCCACAGAUCACCCAAGACCAGGAGCCCCAGGCCAGCUGUGUACCACACUGCUAUGCCCAGGAAGUCAGCCUCCAGUGCUACCUGAGUCCAGGGGCCUACGUCAUAGUACCAUCCACCUACCACCCAGACUGCAAGGCCGACUUUACUGUCACAGUAGCUCGGAAAGUCCUCAGGAAGGUGGUGAAGAGCCAAGAGACCUUGGGCCAUAUCGUACAGGAGUCCUCUUACAGCUCCGUGAUGCAACGCUAAGUCGUUGACUUGGGUUUUACCCCAGGCCCAUCAUGAAGAGAACCUCCCGAUAAUCCUACUCAUUGAUCUGGUGGGUGGGGCUUGCUGUGGGUAACUCUGUUCACUGCCUUGGUCCUAAGUGGGACUGGCUGGUGUGAACUAAGCAAUAGAAGGGAAGAGGCCCACUCUCCGCUGCUGACGAAGGCCAUGUAUGAACUGAGGAGAAGCACCCCAGGCCCCUGAGCCAGAGAGACCACUUUUAUAAACGGCUACAUGGACAUGUAAGGGAAGUCUAAAGGACGAUGACAGUGGGGACCACGAUCAGAAUGAGGACAGCAGCUCACCGAAAGACUGUGAGAAGGAAA